AUGGCCCACCCUCAGCAGGGCGCCGGCUACGAUGAUGGCUACGGCCAGCCGCACGCCGACAGCUACUACCAGGACGACCAGGCGUAUUACGACCAGCACGGCUACGGACAAGCCCAGCAUGAUGGAUACUACGAUGACAAUGGCUACUACCAGGCUGGUGCUCAGGACGGCUAUCAACACGAUGGCUACUACGAUGCCGGCCAGCAGGGCUAUCAAGACGAGUACUACAAUGACCAAUACUACGACCAAGGAGCUCCCGCUGCGGGCCAGUACCAGCAACCAGGUCGCCAAAGCCAUGGUCAACCACGCGGCCGACGUGGUCACGACUCUGAGGAAGACUCGGAGACGUUCUCAGACUUCACCAUGAGGUCUGACAUGGCUCGCGCCGCCGAGAUGGACUACUAUGGACGCGGUGACGAGCGAUACAACUCGUACGGUGAUGGCACAGGACGCGGAUACCGGCCUCCUUCAUCACAAGUCUCGUACGGUGGCAACCGCUCGUCCGGCGCCUCCACGCCCGUCUACGGCAUGGAUUACACAAGUGCUCUGCCAGCUGGUCAAAGGUCUAGGGAGCCAUACCCAGCAUGGACUUCCGAUGCACAGAUUCCGCUGUCCAAGGAGGAGAUUGAAGACAUCUUCCUCGAUUUGACCGCCAAGUUCGGCUUCCAGCGCGACAGCAUGCGAAACAUGUUCGAUCACCUCAUGACGCUCCUCGACUCUCGUGCAUCCCGUAUGUCGCCAAACCAAGCACUUCUCUCUCUCCACGCCGACUACAUCGGUGGCGAGAACGCAAACUUCAGAAGAUGGUAUUUCGCCGCACAUCUCGAUUUAGAUGACGCCGUUGGUUUCGCCAACAUGAAGCUCGGAAAAGCAAACAGAGCGACGAGGAAAGCCCGCAAGGCAGCCAAGAAGAAGGCAACGGAGAACCCACAAAACGAAGAGGCUACACUCGAGAGUCUCGAGGGCGACAACAGCUUGGAGGCCGCUGAAUACCGCUGGAAGACGCGCAUGAAUCGCAUGUCUCAGCACGACAGAGUUCGUCAGAUUGCUCUCUACCUCCUCUGCUGGGGAGAGGCCAACCAAGUGCGCUACAUGCCCGAAAUCAUGGCAUUCAUCUUCAAGUGCGCAGAUGACUACUACCACUCGCCUGCAUGCCAGAACCGUGUCGAGCCAGUCGAGGAGCUCACAUACCUGAACAAGUGCAUCACGCCUCUGUACAACUACUGCAGAGAUCAGGGUUACGAGAUCUUCGAGGGCAAAUAUGUCCGCAAGGAGCGUGAUCACCAAAAGGUCAUUGGUUAUGACGACAUGAACCAGCUCUUCUGGUACCCAGAGGGUAUCGAGCGGAUCACUUUCGAGGAUAAGACCCGCCUGGUCGAUCUGCCACCUGCUGAGCGAUACGAGCGUCUCGGGGAUGUCCUUUGGAAGAAGGCAUUCUUCAAGACCUACAAGGAGACCCGAUCCUGGUUCCACAUGUUGACCAACUUCAACCGUAUCUGGAUCAUUCACGUCUGUAUCUUCUGGUUCUACACUGCUUUCAACUCACCGACACUGUACACCGCCAACUACCAGCAGCAGCUUAACAAUCAGCCGCAUGGUUCAGCUCACUGGUCUGCAGUCGCUCUCGGUGGCACUCUUGGCUGUCUUAUCCAAAUUCUGGCAACUCUGGUCGAAUGGAUGUACGUUCCGCGACGAUGGGCUGGCGCCCAGCACUUGACGAAGCGUCUGCUUGUCUUGAUCGUCAUGUUCGUUAUCAACGUCGCCCCGUCGGUCUACAUCUUCGGUGUCUCGCAAACCGGCAAGGUCGCUCUUAUUCUGGGCGUCGUACAGUUCCUGAUUGCGCUGGCAACCGUCUUCUUCUUCGCCAUCAUGCCUCUGGGCGGUCUAUUCGGCAGCUACCUCAACGGCAAGCGAAGACAAUAUGUCGCCAGUCAGACCUUCACUGCCAGCUUUCCACGCCUGAAGGGCAACGACAUGUGGAUGUCAUACGGUCUCUGGGUUCUCGUCUUCGCUGCCAAGCUUGCCGAGUCCUACUUCUUCCUGACACUGUCGCUCCGUGACCCUAUCCGGAUCCUGUCGACCAUGAAGAUCCAGCACUGUAUCGGAGACGCCACUAUUGGUGACAUCCUCUGCUACAAACAGCCAACCGUCCUGCUCAUCCUCAUGUACUUCACGGAUUUGAUUCUUUUCUUCUUGGAUACCUUCCUCUGGUACGUCAUCUGGAACUGUGUCUUCUCCGUGGCUCGAUCUUUCUACCUUGGUGUUUCUAUCUGGACCCCGUGGAGGAACAUCUUCUCUCGUCUGCCAAAGCGUGUCUACUCCAAGAUCCUGGCUACCACCGACAUGGAGAUCAAAUACAAGCCUAAGGUGCUCAUCUCGCAGAUCUGGAACGCCAUCGUCAUCUCAAUGUACCGUGAGCACUUGCUCGCCAUUGAUCACGUCCAGAAGCUGCUAUACCACCAGGUCCCAUCUGAGCAGGAGGGCAAGCGAACCCUUCGAGCUCCAACCUUCUUUGUGUCCCAGGAAGAUCACUCCUUCAAGACCGAGUUCUUCCCAGCACAGUCUGAGGCCGAGCGUCGUAUCUCUUUCUUCGCUCAAUCUCUUUCUACGCCAAUUCCGGAGCCAUUGCCAGUUGAUAACAUGCCAACGUUCACGGUCAUGAUUCCUCACUACAGUGAGAAGAUCCUGCUCUCUCUCCGUGAGAUCAUCCGCGAAGACGAGCCAUACUCGCGUGUCACCAUGUUGGAGUACCUCAAGCAGCUUCACCCACAUGAGUGGGACUGUUUCGUCAAGGACACCAAGAUUCUGGCCGACGAGACUUCGCAAUUCAACGGCGACAACGAGAAGAACGAGAAGGACGCCCAGAAGAGCAAGAUCGACGACCUGCCAUUCUACUGCAUCGGUUUCAAGUCAGCUGCUCCCGAGUACACCCUCCGCACGCGUAUCUGGGCAUCCCUCCGAUCGCAGACUCUCUACCGUACCAUCUCUGGUUUCAUGAACUACAGCCGUGCCAUCAAGCUACUGUACCGCGUGGAAAACCCGGAGGUUGUCCAGAUGUUCGGUGGUAACUCCGACAAGCUUGAGCGUGAGCUCGAGCGCAUGGCUCGCCGCAAGUUCAAGAUCUGUGUUUCCAUGCAGCGAUACGCCAAGUUCUCCAAGGAGGAGCGUGAGAACGCCGAGUUCCUGCUCCGUGCCUACCCAGAUCUUCAGAUUGCCUAUCUGGACGAGGAGCCGCCGACUGCGGAAGGCGAGGACCCAAGACUCUUCUCCGCUCUCAUCGACGGUCACUCCGAGAUCAUGGAGAACGGCAUGCGUCGUCCCAAGUUCCGCAUUAUGCUUUCCGGUAACCCAAUCCUUGGUGACGGCAAGUCUGACAACCAGAACCACUGCUUGAUUUUCUACCGUGGAGAGUACAUCCAGCUCAUCGAUGCCAACCAAGACAACUACCUCGAAGAGUGCCUCAAGAUCCGUUCUGUCCUCGCCGAGUUCGAAGAGAUGACGACGGACAACGUUUCGCCAUACACUCCAGGCCUGCCACCCACCAAGUUCAACCCAGUCGCCAUUCUCGGUGCCCGCGAGUACAUUUUCUCUGAGAACAUCGGUAUCCUUGGUGACGUUGCUGCUGGAAAGGAACAGACAUUCGGUACCCUCUUCGCUCGUACUCUGGCUCAGAUCGGUGGUAAGCUCCACUACGGUCACCCCGAUUUCCUCAACGGUAUUUUCAUGACAACCCGUGGUGGUGUCUCGAAGGCUCAGAAGGGUCUCCACCUGAACGAGGAUAUCUACGCUGGUAUGAACGCCCUCCUCCGUGGUGGUCGCAUCAAGCACUGCGAAUACUACCAGUGUGGUAAGGGUCGUGACUUGGGUUUCGGCUCCAUUCUCAACUUCACCACCAAGAUCGGUACUGGUAUGGGCGAACAGAUGUUGUCUCGCGAGUACUACUAUCUCGGCACGCAACUUCCUCUGGAUCGCUUCCUGUCGUUCUACUACGCUCAUCCUGGUUUCCACAUCAACAACUUGUUCGUCAUGUUAUCGGUGCAGCUCUUCAUGUGGUGCUUGCUCAACCUUGGUGCUCUGCGCCACGAGACCAUCACUUGCAACUACAACAAGAACGUUCCCGAGACCGACCCACUGUACCCAACGGGCUGCGCUAACAUUAUCCCUAUCAUGGAUUGGGUUCAGCGUUGCAUCGUCUCGAUCUUCAUCGUGUUCUUCAUCUCUUUCGUCCCACUGACGGUCCAAGAGUUGACGGAGCGUGGUUUCUGGCGUGCGGCAACCCGUCUGGCCAAGCAUUUCUCCUCGCUGUCUCCGCUCUUCGAGGUGUUCGUCACCCAGAUUUACGCCUAUUCGCUGCAGCAGGAUCUGUCUUUUGGUGGUGCUCGCUACAUCGGAACUGGACGUGGCUUCGCCACCGCUCGCAUGCCAUUCGGUGUCCUCUACUCCCGGUUCGCCAGUCCAUCGAUCUACCUUGGUGCUCGUCUCCUGAUGAUGCUCCUGUUCGGAACGUUGACUGUCUGGGGAUACUGGCUGCUUUGGUUCUGGGUCUCCCUCCUGGCCCUUGUCAUCUCUCCUUUCCUAUUCAACCCUCACCAGUUCGCAUGGUCAGACUUCUUCAUCGACUACCGCGAGUUCCUCCGCUGGUUGUCUCGUGGCAACACCAAGGCACACUCCGCCUCCUGGAUCGGCUUCGUGCGUCUCUCACGCACACGUCUCACUGGUUUCAAGCGCAAGGCACUUGGUGAGCCAUCGGCCAAGCUCUCUGGUGAUACUCCGCGAGCACACUUCACGAACGUCUUUUUCAGCGAGAUCAUCGGUCCGCUCUUCCUGGUUGCCGUCACCCUCAUCCCAUACUUGUACAUCAACGCUGGUACUGGUGUCAUCGCAGCCAACAACGAUGGCAAGAAUAUCAAGGCUACCUCAUCGCUGCUCCGUGUCCUCAUCGUCGCCGUUGGACCUAUUGGUGUCAACGCUGGUGUUGCCGGUGGAUUCUUCGGCAUGGCUUGCUGUAUGGGUCCAGUGCUUAGCAUGUGCUGCAAGAAGUUCGGUGCAGUCCUGGCCGCUAUUGCUCACGCCAUAGCCGUCAUCAUGCUUCUCGCAUUCUUCGAGGUCAUGUUCUUCUUGGAAGGCUGGAGCUUUACUAAGGCUCUGCUCGGCAUGAUCGCUGUGGUCGCCAUUCAGCGCUUCAUCUUCAAGCUGAUCAUUGCCCUUGCUCUGACCAGAGAGUUCCGCGCCGACACUUCCAACAUAGCAUGGUGGACCGGAAAGUGGUACGCUCUUGGCUGGCACACACUGUCGCAACCCGGCCGUGAGUUCCUUUGCAAGAUCACCGAGAUGGGCUUCUUCGCAGCAGAUUUCUGCCUGGGACACAUCCUCCUCUUCUUCAUGCUACCGGCCAUCCUCGUCCCUUACAUCGACAAGUUCCACUCGGUCAUGCUCUUCUGGCUGCGUCCUAGCCGACAGAUCCGACCGCCAAUAUACUCGCUCAAGCAGAGCAAGUUGCGCAAGCGCCGUGUCGUACGCUAUGCGAUCCUUUACUUCUCGAUGUUCGUUCUGUUCAUUGUUCUGAUUGUUGGCCCGAUCGUCGCCAGCAAGUUCGUCAGCUUCAAGCUUGACGUUAUGGAUCUCCAGCAGCCAUCUGACUGGAACAACAACGACACAUCGGCAUCUGACACCGGAACAGCCGUGGCCGGAGGUGGAGCGGAGGCAACUGCGUCGGCUGGCGCGAAGCUCGUUAGGAAGAUGAUGUUCUCGUACAACUCGUAG